AUGGCGCCCCCCCGAAGCACUCGGAAGAAGCCACAUCCCGCCACACCCAUACAGCCUUCAUUCCAGCCCGAGUGGCCCAUCUUUAAGCCGCUCCCUCCUCCCGAGAAUCUCUGUCUCGAGGUUCUCCUUCCAUCCCAGAUCAUGCUCAUCCGAAAAUUCUGGACGGGAGCGCUUUGUAAGAAAUAUGUCGACUUUCUAAAGACCCUACCUUUAGUGACGACGCCAGGCCUUCCGAAGAAAGGAGAGGCGCUACGCGUCAACGAUCGUUUUCAGAUUAUCGAUGAUGCUUUUGCACUUCGAAUAUGGGAAGAAACGGGGCUUAAAGACCUAAUUCUUAGUGCUUCAAAUGGCGCGACCGAAUUAGGGGACAGAGAGGAAAUAGAGCAGCGUGAGUUAUGGGGUGGGAAUGUUAUAGGUCUCAAUCCAUCAAUUCGAAUCUAUCGAUACAGAAAGGGUCAAUUUUUCGACCAACAUUAUGACGAAUCAAAUAAUGUCUCCAUCAAGAAUAAAAAUGGCCCCUCCCGGGCUAAGACGACAUGGACACUUCUUCUUUAUCUCACCUCACCAGAGACAGGCUGCCAAGGAGGCGAGACCGUAUUCUACCCCGACCCCAAAGAAUUUCCAACUAAGACGAAGAAGAGCUUGAAGCAAGAAGAGGUGGUUGUAGGGCUUGAAACGGGAAUGCUUCUUCUGCACAAGCAUGGUGAAGACUGCAUAUUGGCUGAUUAUCUUGGGCAGCACGAGGGCAGGGAAGUUCUAGGAGGCGAAAAAUGGGUCAUACGAACUGACCUCUGCGUCAAAAUAUAA